AUGGACGCUCCUCGAUUCAUAGACUACCACAGUGGACUAAUCCAAUGCUUAAUGUACUGGGGAAUGCCAAUGCCUUGGUGGAUACAAAAGCCAUCUAAAUAUGUCUGGCUUUUGCUGAUAACAUACGAUUCUUUUACGGUGGCUGUGACAUGCUUUGUCUUGUAUCUUUAUAUUUACACUUUGACUCAGGAUAACGUUCCUUUUGAGGAAGUGAACGUUCUUCCACCUGCUAUAUGUUUCAAAUGUUGUGUGCUGGCUAUAUCUCUACUCCAGUUCUUGGACAAGGGUCGCAUGAAGCAGCUCUCGGACGAUCUAGACGCACUAGCCAGAACGAUCAUCGAAAGCGAUCUGGGCCAAGAAGGAUCUGUUAAAGAAUCCUUCCUUCUGAUAUACUCGAAGAGGUCAAAGUUCUUGGUCAACUACUGCAGGACUAUGUUAUACUUCGCUAUCUUCUACUUCAUCAUCUACUUCGGUUCGGUCCCCCUGAUCGACUGGCUCGAAGGAGCUUACAGGAGUCACUACCCGCUUCCUCUCGACACUCCUUUCGACGGAAGGAGGCCAGGGAUAUACGAACUCCUGGUGUUCGCGACUGCAUUUUCGCUGACCAUGGUCAGCGGUAAGCAGAUCAAUAACACCUGCAUCUUCUUGGCUUUCUUCAAUAUUUUGAGAAGCUUCUUGCACUACCUUUCUAUAACAAUGAGUGAGAUGCAGAAGACAUCAUCCUUCGAACGAAACGAUCCUUCCAUCCGGAGGAAAAUAAGGGUCUGGAUACAGAUACAUCAAGAAGUAAACAGGAACUUGCAGGUACUUUUGAAGAUAUUUUCGCCUGUAGUAAUAAUCUAUUCCAUUUACUUGCUGCUAUAUUUGAUGACAGCAAUAUUCAUGCAGAUGCAGAAAAAAGAAGAAAAUAUUUAUCAGACAGCUGCAGAAGGGCUUGCAGUGAUUGCAAUGGUCAGGCAAAUCUAUGUGAUAUUCAGUACAGCUGAUCAGAUAACAACUGAGGCUCAGAAAUUGGCCUAUGUAGCUUAUGAAUUACCAUGGUACCAAAUGGACAAGAACAUGAGGAGGACAAUAAAUAUGAUAAUGAUAAUGUGCAAUAAACCGGUCCGUGUGACAGGAUACAGAGCAAAAUCAUUUAUUCUAAACAGGGAGACAAUCGCAGGGAUUAUGACAAGUGCUGUAUCAGGAUAUUUGACACUUUGCCAAAUGACUGAAGCUUUGGGACCAAAGGAAUCAAGCAAUAAAUAGGACAUAAAAUGAAGAUUUUAUUAGUGGAAACAAAGUUAUUAACAAUAGAUACCAUUUAAGAAGAAGUUGAUUGGGGGAUGAGAUCAAUAUACACAUACUAUUAUAAUAAGAAUAAUAUAUAUUAUAGUAGUAUUUAUUAUAAUUAUUUUCAUACCAUUUUCUAUUAGACAAGAAAAACAAUCAUUGCUUGUUCAGUAUCUCUUCUGUUAUUACAAAAGAUGUUAAUAUCUUCUGUUGGUCUAUAUUUAAUAAAAUUAUGAUCCUGAAUAAAUUUGUUCUAUUAAUAAAAUAAAUGAAAUGAAGUUAUAUUUUUA